GAUGGGUAUCGAUAACGCCCCCGCGACCUUCCAACGAGCCAUGAACAUGGCUUUUCAGAACUUCGUACAAAAGACUUCUUUGGCGCAGAGCAUCAUCAACUACUGCGUGAUUGUGUACAUGGAUGACAUCUUGGUGUACUCGAGUUCCUACAAGGGACACGUGCAGCACAUCGAAUGGGCACUGCACGCGUUACGAGAUGCGGGUUUCAAAGUGGCGCUUGAGAAAUUUCAGUUUUUUCUUACCACCAUUUCCUUCUUGGGACACGUGAUGACGGACAAGGGACUUCAACCGGAGCCGCAAAAGGUGGCAGCUGUCAGGGAUGCGCUGGUGCCUACAACUAUUACGCAAGUUCGCGCCUUUCUGGGCCUGUUCUCGUACUACCGAAGAUUUAUCAAGGGCUUUGCGGCGAUUGCAGGACCACUCACAAAUCUGCUGCGCAAAGAUCAGUCGUUGGUCUGGACUCCGGAGUGCCAUAAAGCGUUUUCCAAACUCAAGGCCGCUCUCAUUUCGGCUCCGGUCCUUGUAAGAUCGGAUCCCGAAAAACCUUUUGUUCUCAUCAUUGACUGGCAGCCAGAGACAAUUUCGGCGAUUCUUGCCCAGGUGCGACCAAGCGGACUCGAGAGUGUGGUGGAAUAUGCGUCCAAAUCGGUGCCCGAUUGCAAGGGCAACUACGCCGCUCCAACGGGAGAAUGCUACGCGGCUCUCUGGGGAAUCACUCACUUUCGCGCUUACCUGUAUGGGCGAAAGUUCACCCUGGUAACUGAUCAUGAGCCCCUGUUGGCUCUGAAGAAAUCAAAGGAUUACUCGGGCAUGAUCGGGCGAUGGGCAACAGUGAUGCACAACAUGGACUUUGACAUUCGUCAUCGGAAGCACGAGAGACACGGGAAUGCGGACGGACUAACACGACUGCACCGGCCUAAGAAAGUUCCGAAGAGUGAGGAAGUGAUUCCGUGGAACGAACCCGGACAGGAGAUCGGACCUCGCCAUGGCCAAGUGGAGAUCUUGUCCAAGCAGGACGAAGAUACGCUGCCGUCGCGGCAGGAGUAUCUGAAGCCGUACGAUAUCAUCCCUCACGCCUUCUAUCCGAGGGCGGAGGAAGUGGUGAUCGACGAUGACGACGAAGAGGACGAAGACGAGGAAACAUCGGAGGAGGGCGAGCAGAGUGACGAAGAAGAGGAAGAAGAAACCGGGUCUGAGUGGGAAGCCUUGCCGGAGGAAGCGACGCGCACGGGAACGGAGGCGGAAGAUCCGGAAGCAGCGUGAAAGCGCGAAGAAAUCGCCACCGGGAAGCGCCAGCUGGAGUUCG